AUGCGUUUCACUCUGCUUUCCUCCGCUGCCUUCUGUGGCCUCUUCCUGAGCGCUGCUGCCGUCCCAAUUGCCGCCAUUCCUCGCUCUGAAACCCCCGCGAUUGCCGACGACUUGGCCCACACCGCUGACGCUGGAGAGCACGGCACCGGUUUCCCUGGUGCUGGUAUCCCUGAGGCUAUUAACCCCGGUGUUGGCGCUCCCGGUGCCGGAACCCCUGGCGCUGGAACCCCUGGCGCUGGUACUCCUGACGCUGGUACUCCUGGCGCUGGUACUCCUGGCGCUGGUACUCCUGGUGCUGGAACUCCCGGUGCUACGCAGCCUGGCAACCCGACUGGUGUUGGAUCGGACGGACGUCCUUGCGGCGGACGGAACCCCGAUGGACUUGUGAACGGGGCUCUCGAUGGAGUCAACACUGUUCUCUGUGAAGGUGCGCCGGAGACCCCCUUGGACACCAUUUGCUGGCGGAGAGCGGAGAACCUGGCCAACGACAAGGAUGAUUUCCGAUGGUUCUCCAGCUGUUAA